UCCUCUGCGGCUCAUGUGGCGGGCUGGUUUCUGAUUGGUCGGGCAUACUGAACGCCUGCACUUCGGAGCUAUAAAAGGAGGGUUGCGAUUCUUUCUUACAUGAAAAACAGUUAGUGGUAACCAUGAGCGGAAGAGGAGGCGGCAAAACCGGUGGUAAAGUCAGAGCGAAGGCGAAGACUCGCUCUUCUCGGGCUGGUCUGCAGUUCCCUGUCGGUCGUGUUCACAGACUGUUGAGGAAGGGGAACUAUGCGGAGCGUGUUGGUGCCGGCGCUCCCGUCUAUAUGGCGGCUGUGCUCGAGUAUCUGACCGCUGAGAUCCUCGAGUUGGCUGGAAACGCUGCCCGCGACAACAAGAAGACCCGUAUCAUCCCCCGUCACCUGCAGCUGGCUGUCCGCAACGACGAGGAGCUCAACAAACUGCUGGGAAAAGUGACCAUCGCUCAGGGCGGCGUGCUGCCAAACAUCCAGGCUGUUCUGCUGCCCAAAAAAAGCGAACCGAAGACCAAGUCCAAGUAAACCUGAACCUGCAUCCACCCAAAAAAGGCUCUUUUAAGAGCCACACAAUUAACUACUUAAGA